AAGCCCAAGGUCCAGCGUAAAGCACUUCUGUUGUUUGUGGAAUCUUCGAAGUCUACGAGCUGGUCUUCAGCUUCUCGUUGUGCAGAUUACCGAAGGAGGAAGUCAAGGACAUAAGGAAUGGUUCCCAAGGAGAUUGCUUAGAGUGAAAGUAUUGGACCAUUCCUUUCAAGGACAGAGCACUUGUUACACGUCUCGCUGGCUGGAGGAUAUCACCCUCAUGAUCACAAGUUUCAAGGGAUCGCUUUUCAGGACUCUAGAAGGCGUAUGAGAAUACAGCACCGUGUCAUUACAACAGAAAUCGAGUUGUAACCUAAACGUCACAGACAAAAGUGCGCUUACCGACAAUCAGCAAUGCUGUCACGUUUGCUCGUAAAAAGAUCACAUGAUCAGUUGAAGUCUACUAGAGCAGAAUUUUGCAUUCCCAUGAUCAUGUGAUCUUUAGGGUUUAGAGAAUCUUCAAAGGUGUGACCAGCGAACAGAUUUACUCGUGUGGUCGCAAGCUAGCCCGUAAACACCGUCAGUCCAAUUGCAUUCCACUCUUUUACGCCGAAGCACAUAGAUGGUAGAUUGUAUAAGGGCUGGCAUCAUCGUUUCUCUCGAGUAUGGAGUGACGCUUUUGGACCUACUAGAGGCAUGAUGUAACCUUCGAGGAUAUCGUGAUUCUUUGACCGGACAUUGUGGGAACAAGAUACUCCAUGCAAAUGCAUCGAGAAUCUUUGUACCCUCUUUUUGGAGUCAAUCUCUCAUGUGGCUCAGAACUUGUUGUCCAGAUGGUGCAGCAAAGGACCAGACAAUCAUAACUGACAUAAGCCGUUUUUUAUACGAGGUGAAACCACCUAUACUUCUUCGAACUUCAUGGCCAUAUCCCUUGCGUCAUUUCCUAGCUUCUAGAUUAAACAAAUCGAAAUCCGCGUCACAAAGUGCUAGCCUGAAGCUUGUCCAUAUCCCGUUGUCAAAGUGUUCAAUAUCUGUGCCGAGAAUAUCUCAGAGAUAUCUACGAUUUCCAUCCAUAGCCGGCAAAGUUCGACAAACCUUCGCAUGGAAGGUCCUGCCUUCAUCUAGUUGGUCACUGUCGUGGACUGAAUUCAAAGGUUGUACAUCUGACGGAGAGAAAAGCAGGGGAUGAGGUUAGAAAAGACGAUCAAGAAUGCAUGUGAAAUUGGAGCUUGCACUCUUGGUAUAGUUUCCCAUUUAUUUUAGAUUAUCUCCCUGAUCUUCUUGAUGAACUCUCGGUAUGUUGGAAACCGUGGAAGGAUGAGACCGAAUGGGUGGAAACUCUGCUGCAUUGUAGCGGUAUACAACCUCCUGAUAUUUUGAAUAACGUCAAAAUCAGCUGAAUACAAAGUUGAGAUUUCUCGGAUUCUUCUUGGGAUAUUUCUUCCUUUGCAGCUCGCUUUUUAUCAACGCCUUUUCAUUUG